AUGGAGUUAUUUUCAGUCCUGGGAAGGUUUCUAUUUGCUUGGUUCUUCGUCUCUUCUGCUUGGCAAACGUUAAAAGAAAUAGACACAGAUAUAAGACUUGUCGAGAAGGAAUAUGUUGUCAAGCUGGCUGGUUUCCUCGAUCUUCUGGUGCACUAUUCAGAGGAAACAAAAAUACAAAUUGUUCAUUUCUUCAUAACAUUUUUCAUUGGUCUAAAAGCAAUUGGUGGCUCUCUAUUUCUAUUUGAUAGGAUAGAAGGGACUUUUCUUCUGAUAUUGUACUUGCUGACGGCUACUCCAAUUUUGUAUGAUUUCUAUCACUAUAAAGUCGGAGAACCAGAAUUUUUUCUUCUUCUCCAUGAUUUUAUGCAGAAUGUGGCAUUCUUUGGUGCAUUAUUGUUUUUCAUAGAGAUGAAGAUCACACUUUUUCAGAGGCAACCGAAGAAAAAGGCAUCCAUGUUCAAGACAACUUAA